AUGGUUUUGCAGAGAAUAGAGUGUCAAACUGGUGUUGACGACGGCGAGCAGACGAGCCUCUUCCAUGGGGAUGUGGGAGGCACGCCGGUCCUCAGUCCCGAUGAAGAAUUCCUGCGUAACACCAGCUUCAGGAGCAGGGGCAGGAGUCAGCAGAACGGCAGAGUCCUGGCGCAGAACGGCGGCCACACCCUCCAGAAAUAUCGAGACGACAGCUCCUAUUACUACUCUCCCAUACCCCAAAACAACUACAUCCCUGGCGACGAAUCCCUAGUCAAGCGCACCACCAACCCUCCUGACGUCUGCCCCACCACCUCAGACUCUGCUAGAACCCUCAACCGCAGAAAGCAGCAGCAGCAGCAGCAGCGGGGCACCACCACGCCCGGCUGUCCAGCAGACACACUUGGUCCUCUUCCAGUCCGCUCUCCCUCCCCAAGUCAGGGCGACGGGUCCAGACAGUCGCCGGGGGACCAGAUCCACGACCACCUGCACCACAACCACCAGCCUCAACCACAACCACAACAACAGACACAGAAGUGGUCCUCUCCCAGAGAAGGCGGGGGCCAACAGCUGCAGCUCUCGCACCCUCAAGUACAGCAUCUGGACCCUCACACUCAUAACAUCUAUGACGUCUCUCUCACGCCUACUGGAGUCCCUAGGGGGUACGCCACGGUGGGACCCCGCAAGCACCGCCAGACACCGCCCUCGUUCUCCACCCUGCAGCGUCCAGGCGCACCGCGACCCUUCACCACCACGGCCACCAGCACAGGCGUGGGUCAGCUGGCCUCCCCGACGGUGCAGGAGGUCACCCACGCCCAAGAGCGCCACAAUUAUCACCACCAGCAAGAGCUGGUUGACAGUCGGCAUGCUCAUCACGACACGCUAGCGCACCGGACGCUUUCGCAGGGCGUUGCUGGCGGCCCAGGAGCUGGUCAGGACGACAGCGGAUCAUCGGGCUACGGUGGCAGCCCUCGUCAGGAUACUAAUGUCCCUGGAAGUGCCAGCUCUACCACAGUAGCUCCUUCUCUCAAUCCAGGGGCUGCUGGGUCCCUGGUGUCCCAUCUAACUCCUGUUUUUCUACCAUCAUCCAACACCUCCGGCACUACGCUCAGUAGACCUCCGUCGUCUUAAGAUUGCGCAAGGAAGGACAAACCCGAGCUGCCUACCUUACUAUCCGGAAAUCGAAGUCAUAGUGCUGUGAGACAGAUUAAGGAAAACAUUAAGGAUUAAGGACAUUUCCAGGAAUCUUGCCGGUUCAGUUUCUUGAAAAUAAUAUGUUAAGCUACCUACCUACCUACCUACCUACCUACCUACCUAAUGUUGAUUGCCUCACCCUCAACUCCAAGUGAGAAACGAGAUUAUACACGGCCAGUGUGAGGCCAAAUUGAAUAGGAAACUUCACAGACACUACGAGCACACAUUAAUUUAUUUAUACAUGAUCUGCCUUGCUCGUCAUGUGUCAUGCUCUCUUAAGUAAUGCUUAGUGAUGAGGACAUGCUCAUGUGGGGAAAUAUAAUUGUCGAAGCAGCAUGAAGUGCACCACACCGCUCCACUUCUCUCUGAUACUUUUGAGGUGCUCGAGCAGAUCGUCUCUUAUAUAGCGAGUGUGAUGAAGUAUGUAACCUAGUUAUUCUCUGCAGUCCUUAUAGACGUUACUUCAACGGUCAGGACCACAGUGUUGUGAUGAGGUGUUGAUUUGAGACGUCAGGGAGUGUCUCAGAAGUUGUCAGGUGAGGGGACAAGCUGUUGCCACGUGAAGGGACAAGCUGUUGCCACGUAAAGGGACAAGCUGUUGCCACGUGAAGGGACAAGCUGUUGCCACGUGAGGGGACGAACUGUUGUCUCGUGCAGAAAGAAUCAUCAGCUUCAACUUCUACAUUACACCAAACCGAGCAAGAUCUUAUAGUUUCUACUACAUCAGUUAAUAAAUGAAUAGGGUCAGAAACUGGACUUAUAUGUUCUUGUUCUUGGUCUGAGCUGAUGUAUGUGAUCUUUAGUUGUAAAUAAGCAUUUCUCUUGAGAGAAAUAUAUAAAUCAGCGCUAAAGCAAACGUAGAAAGUUAAUGUUUUAUGAUCAACUCCUGGAAAAAGGUGCAGAGCUUCACAAUAACUUAUUUAUCCAUAAGGAUGUGCCGAGAGACUUAUUUUUAUAUGCGGAACUGUAUGUACAAAUAAAACUUGAAUUCA